AUGGCUCGUCAUGAUGAAUGUUUGGAAUGCAAAGUGUUUGUAGGCGGUUUACCAAAUGAUGCUUCCACAGAAGAAAUAGAAGAUACUUUUAGUAAAUAUGGUCGUAUUAAAAAAGUAUGGUUGGCCCGUCGACCGCCUGGUUUUGCAUUUGUUGAAUUUGAAGAUAGUCGUGAUGCUGAGGAUGCCGUUAAAGGACUUGAUGGCUCGCGUAUCUGCGGUGUUCGUCCAAGAGUAGAAUUCUCUCAUGGUGGUUCACGUCGCGGUGGUCGACGGAAUUACGGUGGAAGUAGACGCCGUUCAAGCCUACUACCACCAUAUCCGCGUAUCCUCCGAAAUUCGUUUCAUGACUCCAACUUUUCCUCGCUUCAUGCUACUACAGAGCGCUGUCAUUGUCCUGAAACUUUGCAUCCGAUGCUCUGGCUACCUUUGGAAACACACCACCUCUGA